CGCGCGGGGCUUCAGGUGAGAUCCAGGACCCUGCGCCGGGGUGGCGGUGUCGGGCGGGCUGAGGCCGCGUGUCCCGGGUUGCAGGUCCCCGCGCGUUGUGUCCGCCCCGGCCUGCGGCGGGGACGCCUGAGCUGGGCUGACCAUGCCCUGCCGGCCCGCAGAAAAGCAGGCCGGACGCCGCCUGUCUCCAGCCCUCUCUCUGCUCGGGGGUCCAGGGCCAGAGGGGGCGGCGCUGGUCGUUGGGACUCGGCCCAGCCGCCGCGGCCAGCAAGUGACCAACGCCCGAGUCCUUCCCGGCUGCUGCCCCAUUGGAAGAUUACUCCCCAGGCUUCCCUUGCCCCAAGCAGUGAGCUGACUGGAAUGGUACCCCGGGAGGCCCCUGAGUCUGCUCAGUGCCUGUGCCCUUCCCUCACCAUCCCAAAUGCCAAGGAUGUGCUUCGGAAGAGGCACAAGAGAAGGAGCCGACAGCACCAGCGGUUCAUGGCCCGCAAGGCGUUGCUGCAGGAGCAGGGGCUGCUGAGCAUGCCUCCAGAACCAGGGUCCUCCCCACUGCCCACCCCUUUCGGGGCAGCGACAGCAACUGAAGCUGCCAGCAGUGGGAAGCAGUGUCCGAGGGCUGGAUCUGGCGGUGCUCCAUGCAGCAGAAGGCCUGCUCCCGGGAAAGCCUCAGGGCCCUUGCCCAGCAAGUGUGUGGCUAUCGACUGUGAGAUGGUGGGCACGGGACCCCGAGGGCGGGUGAGCGAGCUGGCCCGCUGUUCCAUUGUGAGCUACCAUGGCGAUGUCCUCUAUGACAAGUACAUCAGGCCCGAGAUGCCCAUCGUUGACUACCGUACUCGCUGGAGCGGCAUCACUCGGCAGCACAUGUGCAAGGCUAUCCCCUUCCAGGUGGCCCAGAAAGAGAUCCUUAAGCUCCUGAAGGGCAAGGUGGUGGUGGGGCAUGCGCUGCACAACGACUUCCAGGCGCUCAAGUAUGUCCACCCUCGGAGCCAGACCCGGGAUACCACCUAUGUCCCAAACUUCCUCAGCGAGCCCAGCCUCCACAUCCGGGCCCGGGUCUCUCUAAAGGACCUGGCCCUGCAGCUGCUGCACAAGAAGAUCCAGGUGGGCCAGCAUGGGCACUCAUCAGUAGAAGAUGCCACGACAGCCAUGGAGCUCUACCGGCUGGUGGAGGUACAGUGGGAACAGCAGGAGGCCCGCAGCCUCUGGACCUGCCCCGAGGACAGAGAACCUGACAGCAGCACAGACAUGGAACAGUACAUGGAGGACCAGUACUGGCCCGAUGACCUGGCCCACGGCAGCAGAGGAGGAGCCCGGGAGGCACAGGACAGAAGGAAUUGAGAAGGGGGCGGGGCUCCCUGGCUGGGCUUCCGGUGUGGCCGGUAGGAAGUGGGGGCCAGGAGAGCAGCGGGCACUCCUUCCUGGGCAGGGUGGGGCAGGAUGCAGCGAGCCAGCCCCAGGGUCAGAGGAGUUGGGGUCAUCUGUUAAAUUGACACCCUCUGCUCACAGCAUAGCCCUCUCUCUCUCCAGGGCUGUUGGUUCUUUCUCCUGACUCCUGUGGUUUUGCUAAUGGCACUUUACAGACAGACUCCAUGGAGAUGUCAGGUGGACCAUCUUCUAGGGCCCAGCAGGAGUAGGGAAUGUGCCAACAGACUGCCCAGGUUGUCGUGGCCUUCCCCACCCCCCAGAUCUCCUGAGUCAUCAUGCUGUGCUAACGAAAGGGAUCAUAUCCUCUCUGGGGAUGGUGGGUGGGGGUGUCAAUAUCCUGGAGCUCCCUUACCCCAACUCAAUGACUUGCGGUAAAGUUCUCUUCCUUUUAUUGCCUACCUCUUCCUCCACUCAUUUGGGUUCAGAAUAAACAUGCCCUGAAGUUAAAGAGGAGUUAAGUCCUGAAGGAGGCAUUUCUUCCCCACCUCCCUGACCUGGAACUCUGGCUGCAGCCGUUGUAGGAACUCCGCGCUCCGUCUGGCCUGUCAGCUCCCUGCUAGGCUACAGUGGAAUAGCAGAGCCCACAGGCUUCUCGUGGGGAGUUGGCUCCUUAACAUGCUUGGCAACAGAAAGCCCCAGGCACAGCUAGGGAGGAGGGAAGGCAGGUAAGCUUUGGACAAGAACUGGCAUAUUGAUUUUGACCCAAAUCAGGGAUUUCCCCAGUCCACCCAGUACUGGGCUCUUAAGCAAAAGUCUGAGAAACAAGACAGUGGUUUGAAUUCUGGGGCCUUUGUGUAGAAUUGUGCCUGACCUUUAUUUAUUUAUUAAGAGCAGGGCCACUUGUCUAGGGGAGUGGAGUCCGCGUGUCUCCUGGGGCUGGGGCAGGGCAUUGGCAGUUAUGCAGUGGCCCUGUACCUGGUCUGGUGCCCCCUCAGCUCUUUGACAAUCACUGUGGCUGUUGGGUUUUCUCCUAUUUCUAAAAAUAUUCUCUUUCCUAAGUGACAGUUUUGAAGUAUUGGGUAACCAAGAGCUCAGGUCACACAGAUCUUGGAGCCCCAUCUUUGCUUGCAGCUUAGCUUUGAGAUACUAAGCAAGCGAGGGACUUUACUCUUGAGCCUGUUUUGUCCUCAUCUGUAAAAUGGGGAUAGUGGUACGGCCUACCUCAUAGGGUUGUAAUGAGCACUAAAUGUGAAGUGUUGGGGAUAGUGGUACGGCCUACCUCAUAGGGUUGUAAUGAGCACUAAAUGUGAAGUGUUGGGGAUAGUGGUACGGCCUACCUCAUAGGGUUGUAAUGAGCACUAAAUGUGAAGUGUUGGGGAUAGUGGUACGGCCUACCUCAUAGGGUUGUAAUGAGCACUAAAUGUGAAGUGUUGGGGAUAGUGGUACGGCCUACCUCAUAGGGUUGUAAUGAGCACUAAAUGUGAAGUGUUGGGGAUAGUGGUACGGCCUACCUCAUAGGGUUGUAAUGAGCACUAAAUGUGAAGUGUUGGGGAUAGUGGUACGGCCUACCUCAUAGGGUUGUAAUGAGCACUAAAUGUGAAGUGUUUGGCACAGUGCCUGGCACAUGGUGAGCCACAGCUACUGUGAGUUUCUGUUUAUCCCUUUUUUUUUUUUACGCCCAAAAAGGGGCCACAACAUUGUUUAUUCUUUGAGGAUUUGUUGUAACUUCUUCAGGAUAACACCUGAGUCCCCAGGCUGAGCAGCUGUGGCCCAGACAGAACUGCUCUGGCUUGGCUGUUCCAGCAGGUGGGGCGCUGGCCUCGGUGAGGGCACAGCAGCAAGGUUUACGGAUAUCCGUGUGUCUUGUCUGUGGCCACCAGGCACAGGUUUGGCUUCCGGUCAGUGUCCCGACACUGUGCGGGAGGUGACAACAGAGCAAAGCAGCACAGGGGUCACGGAGGUAAAGACACUGCUGAAAUCACACUACCCCACCCUCAGCUGAAGCCCCACGUUCCACAAACUUGGGGUCAUAGAUUGUCCAGUGACUGGCUCCCUCCCUGUCAGCACAGCACAGAGGAAGGGGCUGACUGAAUCUUUUACCACUUCUGGCCUGGCUCCAGAACUUUGUUCUAGAUUCCUUAAAAGUCCGUAGCUGAUGUCAAACUCAGUUGAGCAGUAGCUUUGAUCCCUUGGUCUGGGGGUUGAAGGAAGACGGCGCUGUUAUCAGCGGGGAAAUGUACUAUUUAAGAUCAGCUUUGUUGUAAAACCAUUUGUUCUAGAAUAAAACUCAAUUGGAAAAGUG